GCACGAAGGAAGGCGUGAAUGCACAGAAAGCUCAACUACACCCAUCAACUGUCAGCCUGCUGAUAACAACAUAGAAGCUCGGAUGGAGCAUUUUUCAUGUCUUUGUUCACUCACUAAGCAGUUAACGAAGCCACUUACAUUAGCCGUAACGCACCAUGACGUCUGCGUCACGCCACUGUUGUCAUUUUAAAAACUGGGUUCAAAACUCGCUAGCUUGUCCACACAGCUGAGCGCGAAUAGACCAGUAGCAAAGGGGGGGCGCAAUAUUGUCAAAUUGACUAACGUCAACUUGCGUGUCACAACUCAUGUGUAAUUAAAAAAAUUCCGAAAUUAAACACUCUUUGAGUAGAGAGCAGAAACGCAGUUUGAAUAAGUGUCACCCCUUCGAGAUGAGUUUAUUCCACUUGACGAUCUCCAUUGUGGCUCUGAUGUAGCUAUGGGAAACCGAAGAUUUGAGCCAAAAUGGCGUCCGGAGACGCACCAGUUUCCUGAAAAUUUUGAAAGUUGACUAAACACCACAAAGGUUCAUUGUACGUCAGAUGUUAGUUUUACUAUAUUAUAAAGAUACAUAGUACUUUUUGCCAAUUGGCAUUUCAACGUGAGUGAAAAUUACGAAUGAAACUCCUUCGUUCACGACACGCCAUGCGGAAACCCGCCAGGUUUGAGCCAAAAUGGCGUCCGCGCAAUCCCCAGGUCCUUCUCCGCCACGCCCACGCUCGGCGCAUGUUUGCAGCAUGGCGUCGUCGGCUAAGAAGAGGGCGGUAGGUCUGGGGGAGAAUCCCCGGGAAAGCGACGACAGCACGGACGAGAGUCUGGGGGAAGACGGCGAUUCCACCGGGGAGGACAGCCAAGCGUCCGAAGAGGAGAUUAACGAGGAGGUGACGGUGGACUUCGAAGCCCACGCCGUUUCACACAACGACUACAAUGGCAUCAAGAAGCUCUUACAACAGCUGUUUCUGAAGGCUCAUGUCAAUACGUCAGAGAUGACCGACAUCAUUAUCCAGCAGAACCAUGUCGGAAGUGUCAUCAAGCAAGCAGAGGUGCCCGAAGACAGCGACGACGACGACCCAGAUGAAGUGUUUGGCUUCAUCACCAUGCUGAACCUCACAGAACGAAAGGGUGUGCAGUGCGUGGAGCAGUUGAAAGAGCUGAUCCUGGACCAGUGCGAGAAGAGCUCGGGCCGCGCCGCCGCCGAGCAGCUGGAGCAGACGCUCGGCGACACGGCCGAGCCCGUCGGCCUCCUGCUCAGCGAGCGCUUCGUCAACGUGCCGCCGCAGAUCGCGCUGCCGUUGCACAAGCAGCUACAGGAGGAGAUCCGUGAAGCUGAGCGAACCAACAAGCCCAGCGGGAAGUACCACUACUGCCUGAUGAUCAGCAAGACCUGCAAGGAGGUCGGCAAGAGCAUUCCCGCCAGAGGCUCCGCCCCCAAGGACGAAUACAUGUUUAUCAAUGCUGAGGAGGAAUUCUUCUACGAGCACGCCGUCUCCAAGUUCCACUUCUCGGUUCAGGAGGACGCCGACUCGUGCUUGAGCGGCCGCUGGUCCUUCGACGACGUUCCCAUGAAGCCGUUCCGCACGGUCAUGUUGAUCCCGGUGGACCGGGUGCCCGCCGUCAUGGACAAACUCAAAGAAUAUCUGACCGUGUGACGACCGGUUGCGUCACCGAAUAAAGGGCGGGAGGAAUUCCCCUCAUCCCCGGAAAAAAAAAAAACAGACAGUCAUUAUUAUUACAGUAAAGAUUUAAUACACAUUAUGCAAUGGCAGUGACUAUACAGCAGGGUGGGGGAGGAAACGUUUGGAAGUCCUCUGAAAUUGUUUGUGCUUUUUAAAGAAUUUCACAGUGUACUAGAUUCAAUUAAGUUUUCCAGACAUGUGCUAUACAGUUUAAAAAUUGUUUACUACGUUAAAAAAAAAAAAAAAAAAAAAAAAAAAUCUAGCGAAGGGUUGCAGAUGAGUACAAAAAAACUCAUGGGAUUUAAUUAAAUUACUCACAUUGUGCUAUAGUUAAAAUAUUUUUACAAAGUUAGCUAUGUUAGUGUUAGCCAUAUUAGCAUGGCUCACAAAUGUAAUGAUUUAUGCAGGGUAAACAAAAGCAAUGAGUAACAUUUGCUAUUUGUCUUUUCGAGGAAAACUAGCUCACUCAGAGGUGUUAAUGCUAGUUAGCAUUAACCACAAUAGCACGACUCGGGAAAUUUAUGAUCGAAGAAUUGCUUGAAUUACAAUUUCUGUUUGCAAUUUUGUAUUUUUUUUUUUUUUUUAAGAAAAAAAAAGUAUUCGUGAGAGGAUGUGACGCAGGUUGUAGAAAACGGAAACGUUACUGGACUGACUUGUGAGAAUUAAAGACACUGUAGGACACCUAUCAGUUCAAACCA